AUGUUCCUGUCCGCGGUCACCUGUAAGUGGGGCUGGAGGCGGCAGCAGGACCUGCAGCGGGGGCGGGAGGUCCUGACAGGCGGGCCCCGGGACGUUGCGGGGUGGGGUGCGAGCGCCGGUCGGGAAGCUGCCGCUGCGACUUCCCAGGCCUUCAGGACUACAGCGCCCGGCAUGCCCCGCGCCGCGCUCACUGCGGGGCUAGUGGGUCUCGGGGGUCUGAGGCGCUGGUUCUGGAUGAGUUGCGGUUCGUUCGGACUGGAGAGUCAGUCCGCUAGGAGUGGGGCGCUUUCCCCCGCCCUCUGUAGCGUUGCCAAGACCAAGUCAAAAACAAUUCUGGUGAAAAUGUUGAGCCAAGCUGGAACAGGUUUUUCCUUCAACACUAAGAGAAGCCGACUGCGGGAGAAACUGACUCUCUUGCAUUAUGAUCCAUGAAAAAAAAAGUCCUCUUUGUGGAACAGAAAAAAAUACGCUCCCUCUAAACAAUGGAUUGAAAAUGAAUUUGAUUUAUAAAUGAGAAGACUGAGGGCGGGAUACUGAUUCAGAAAUUCUGCAGCAUGUAAUGAAAGAAGAGGAAAUGGCAUGGAAUCACUGCCUCCUGUGAUUUGAAGGCCAUUGUGAAGGAAAACAAUGCAGUGAAAGAAAGUUCUUCAUAUUAGGACAUAUAUCAUUGCAUCACAUUUAUUUAUCUUUCUGGAUAUUUUUAUAGCCCUUAAUAAAAAUAUUAAAAUAG